AUGGUUGAAGUGCCUCAUGUAUUUGUUGGUGAUGAUGCUUUUGCAUUGCAAAAACACAUGAUGAAACCUUACCCCCAACACGGCCUUACAGAUGACAAGAGAAUUUACAACUACAGACACAGUCGUGCACGAAGAGUGUCAGAGAAUCUUUUUGGAAUUAUAGCCAACAGAUGGCGUGUUUUCAGGUCUGUGCUUUUGCUUUCACCUAGAGCCAUUGAAGAUCUGGUUUUAGCUGCAAUAAUAUUGCACAACUACCUCAGAAAGAGAACAUCCUACAGUAUUUACUGUCCUGUAGGAAUUACAGAUAAUGAAACAAGUGAGGGAGAACUGAUUCCUGGUCACAAUGCUACAACCGAAGCAAAGAACAUUAGAGAUAACUUCAAGGAAUAUUUCUGCAAUGAAGGAGCAGUUGAAUGGCAGUGGAAUUUAAUUUAA